UUAAUAGAUUUGGUCGCACCGAUGUAAACAGAGUUUUUCGCACUGAGUAAAUUAAAUUGCAGAUUUAUUUUGUUAAAGUAAGCACUUAUUAGAGUAUUGUACAAAAUGGAGAUGGUUGAACCCGAUUCGCACUUGGUGGCCCUGAAAGUUAUGCGCUUGAUGCGGCCCACUUUGGUGGGCCUUGGACCUGUGGUAACCUGCGAGCCCACGGAUUUGGUGCAGAGAUUUAGCAACUCCCAGGAGAGCGACGGAAUGUCCGGUGCCUGUGCAGAGACCUUGGCGGCCGGCCAAGUGCUACUGCUGCCACAGUCCUUCGGCAGCAUUUACCUGGGCGAAACAUUCGCGAGCUACAUCUGCGUCCACAACACCACCCCGAAUCCGGUGGAGUGCGUCACCGUCAAGGCGGAUCUCCAGUCGAACACGUCACGCAUCAACCUAUCCAUGCACGAGAACUCCAAGUCGCCAGUGGUAUUGCCGCCGGGUGGAACCAUUGACGAUGUGAUACGAUACGAGGUAAAGGAAAUCGGAACACACAUUCUCGUCUGCGAAGUGAACUACUCGACUCCUGCGGGCUAUGCUCAAUCGUUGAGAAAGUUUUUCAAGUUCCAAGUGCUGAAGCCACUCGAUGUGAAAACCAAGUUCUACAAUGCGGAAAUCGACGAAAUCUACUUGGAGGCACAGAUCCAAAACGUGACCACCAGUCCCUUCUGCCUGGAAAAGGUGGAGCUAGAUGGCUCCGAGGACUACUCCGUCACACCACUGAACACGCUGCCAAAUGGGGAAUCCGUAUUCACGGUGAAGCACAUGCUGCAACCCAACAAUAGUUGUCAGUUCCUCUAUUGCAUCAAGCCCAAAGGAGAUAUUGCGAAGAACGUGGAUACCCUGCGGCAAUUUAAUAAUGUGGGAAAACUGGACAUCGUCUGGAGGUCGAAUCUGGGCGAGAAGGGCAGAUUGCAAACUAGUCAGCUACAGCGAUUGCCAUUCGAAUGCAAAACGCUCCGCUUGGAAGUACUGGAUGCGAAGAACACCAUUAAAAUCGGCACGAUAUUCACGUUCAAUUGUCGCUUGACGAAUACAUCCGAGCAUCCAAUGAAACUGAAUGUGCGACUGGCUGCAAAGUUUUCGCCCGAUAGUCAAUACACGGGCUGUGCUGAUUUUAUGCUGAAUCUUCUGCAAAGUGGCGAAUCUGCCGAGUUUCCAUUGUCCGUCUGUCCAUCUAAAUUGGGCCUCGUAAAAAUAACACCCUUGGUAUUGACCAACACGCUCCAAAAUGAGCAGUUCACCAUUGAAAACGUCGUCGAUGUUUUUGUUGUUAAUUCGGAUUACGAUAAUGAUACCACAACUCAUCAGAAUAAGUUAAUUCGUUACGAAAGUGCUGCAAGCUGUUUGACCCAAAAGCAAGUUCAACUACAAGUUGUUUAGAAUUGAAUAGAUGCAAAAAUGUAUACUUUAACUUUAUGUUAAUGUGGAAUAGAUUUUAUAAUUUAUGUUGUUAUUCUGUGUAAAACGCUAUACCUUAAUAAAAAAAGUCGGCGGGAUAAUUUUUUUAAUGAAAA